AUGAACUUUCUUAGAAAACGAAGGUCCUCCAACUCGUCAGAGGAUUCGAUUGAGGAAUCACAGAUUAAAAAGUCACGCAAACCACCAAAUACGGCUUUUCGUCAGCAGAGGUUGAAAGCAUGGCAGCCAUUGCUAACACCAAAAUCAGUGAUACCAUUCCUAGUUUUGUUGGCAGUGAUUUUUGCUCCUUUAGGAAUAGCCAUCAUAUAUACGACGUAUAAUGUACAGGAGGUGAACAUUGAUUAUUCGCAUUGUGGUGACCAGACAAAUAGUUUCACGUCAAUUCCGGGAAAGUACACGGGCUUCCAUUUCAAGCAUAAUACCAAGCCAGAGUUCAAAUGGAAAGUGGAUGGUUCACAAUGUGUCAUUCAGUUUAAUGUGCCAGAUUUGAAGCCUCCUCUUUAUAUGUACUACAAAUUGACCAAUUUUUACCAAAAUCAUAGAAAGUAUGUGGAGAGUUAUGACUUGGAUCAAUUGGCAGGAAAGGCUUUAUCUAGUGAUGACGUUACCGAUAGUUGCAAACCAUUGAAGCACAGAGAAUACAAUGGAAAGGAAAGACUCAUUUACCCAUGCGGAUUGAUUGCAAACUCCUACUUUAACGAUACAAUUUCGUCGCCAGUUUUAUUGAAUGCACGUAAUGGAGAGAAUAAUGAAACAUACACCUUUACCGAUAAGGACAUUUCAUGGGCCUCAGACCGCAAACACAAGUUUAAAAAGACAAAGUACAAGCCGGAAGAUGUUGUGCCUCCGCCAAACUGGGACAAACAGUAUCCUGAUGGUUAUACUGAGGAAAAUAUGCCAGAUUUACAACAAAUGGAGCACUUACAAAACUGGAUGCGAACGGCGGCCUUGCCUAAUUUCUACAAGUUAUACGGCAAAAACACCACAGCAACAAUGUCGUCAGGUACUUAUCAAAUAACGGUCGAUUUGAACUACCCAGUGGAAAUUUUUGGUGGGAGUAAGAGUAUUGUCAUCACCACCAACUCCAUUUUUGGUGGAAGAAAUGUCAGUUUGGGUGUGAUUUAUAUCAUUGUUGCUGUAGUAUCGCUCGUAUUGGGUAUUGGGUUCUUGUUGCAAUACUUGAUUAAACCAAGGCGAGUGGGUCAUGAUUACUUGCAACAAAACUACCGAGACCAGUUAUAA